AUGACGCACGAAACAAGCGCAUUGACUCGAGGGUUUGAAGUGGUGGCGGAAGUGUGUUGCAAGCCUCAGACGAACGACAGGAGGGAGGAACGCAGGCUCUCGACUAGUACCGGCUGGGAGCACAGAGCUACCUCAGAACAGAAGGUAGCCGGCACUGUAGGUACUAGCGAAGGAGGUAAGUAG